AUGGCCCUUUCAACGUCCUUGUCACGAGCGGCAGCAUGGACGCCUUGUAUUUGGCUGUUCCUUGUUGCAUUCUGCAGCGUGUGCAUAGAGACACAGGUAGAGGGAGCAAGUGGGACAGGCUUUCCGGUCAGCUUGCCCUGUGCUGCUGGCACAUACUUCGACACCUCAGGCCUAGUCUGCCGAGCGUGCGGCCAAUUCCAAGUUCUUCUACCAGAUGGAUCAGGAUGCAAGUGUAAAGCUGGUUUCGCUUUCCUGGCCGACUCGACUGGAAAGCAGUCGUGUCAGUCGUGCUUGAUCAAGGGUCAGGUUGCUUCUAGUGACGGCACUGUUUGUGUCGGUUGUAAUUCUACUCUAGGGGCUGUCCUGAACACUGCUACUGGGGAGUGUGAGUGCUCUGCAGGAAGCGCUCUCGUUGAGUUCGAUAACGCUGGGACCCGGCUACCUGCCAAAGCGUGUACGCAGUGUCCAGCAGGGGCGCAUAUCUCGUCCGUUGAGCCAGAAUUAUGUCAAGUGUGCUCCGGCGGUCAGGUCUUUGACACCAGCUCCCAGACAUGCCAAUGUCCAGUUGGGUCGAAGACGUGCGUACAAGGGAGCUCACUGCUGGCAUCGACUGCUCAAAGGCUGGGUGUCAACAUGGACGGGAGCACUUUGGUCAACUACUACGACAUUCCCACGCCGUACGGAGGAGGCACGACCAAGUCACUCAACUCCGACCUCUUCGCUCAGAUGCUGCCACUGGCCGCGACUUGCGCUGCGUCCGGCGACCGCGCGGCUUGCAACGCGCUCGCCAACCUAUGCGUGCUAGAGCUGUACGACAGGAGCAGCGCUGCCUGUGAGCUUUACAACGCGCUCGUCACGUCUAAGCAGAACUCCGGACAGUAUCACACUACGGACGGCUGGUCCGACACGCUCCCCUGGCUUUACUACUCGGGCGACGCCGAGAGCUGGCUCCGGAGGACGGACCUCCAGUCUUCAGUUUCCUUCCAGCACCAAGCGCCGGGAAGCUCGUCAGCAGCUGACGUCACGCUGGUCCUGUCGAUGUUUACCUUGAACGGGACUUGGCUCGGCUUUCAGAACUUAACGAGGCAGUUUCAGCUGUGCAAUGGAAACGAAGAUGACGUCAACCAGUGGCAGCGUAUUGGGACCGAUUACGAAAACAGCUGCGAUCUGAAGCUGACAGCCGUCCAGCACUUUGAGCAGAGCGACGAGCCAAUCUUCUACGAUAUUUAUUUCCAGGACGGCACGAACCUUUACCCAGUGCCUCUUCUGAUGUUGGACUACCGGUCGCAAGGGAAGGUCGCGAACCAUCCGCUAAGCAGCGGUCUCGCGGUGAAUAACGUUCUCACCCGCCGCAUGUUCCUCAUGGAUUUCGUCUCCGGCAAGGUGGCAGGGGCCAAGCCUCAAGCAGUGCGAUACGCGGAGUCGAUUGAGCUUCUGAUCACUCUUCAGCCGGGCACCAAGAGCCGGAUCUACCCGCCGUCGAUCACGGUCAAGUAUGCGACUCGUGAUCCGCAGUACGAGGGAUCAGUUGCGAACCAGGCUUCCUUUUCGGUGCUUUACACCAUGGGAAAAUUCGGAUUCUGGAGCGUGUGGACGAUCAUGAUCAUCAUUUGCCUGGUCGUGUCCUUCUUCUUCUGGUGCUUCCAGAUGUUUUCGUACGUCCGAAGGCGCCCCGAGCAGCUGCUAGACCUUGUGUUUCUCUUGCGGGGCGUGAUCGAAGCCGCGCGGAUCGUUUCCCGGCUCUUCUUCCUGCUGAGCAUCUGCGGGGCAGCCUACUGGUUCAUCUUCUUCAAGAUGCAGUCAGUGGUCUACGUCAUGAUGCCGACUGACAAGCAAGUCAAGUCGUUCCGCCUGGUGCUGAUCGUCGCUUUCGUUGGAGAGCUCAUCAACAUACUGGACAUUUUGUGGCGCCAGACCCACUACGACAUUUUCUUUGUUGACUGGGAGAAGUCGAAGCUCACAAUCGGACCGUCCGGAAACAAGGAGCCCGCCCCAGUCUCGGUCUGGCGGACGCUCUUCGUUGCCAACGAGUGGGAAGAGCUUCAGGUCAAGCGCCAGACGUGUAUCGAAUUCACGCUGUUUGCGCUUCUCUUUCUUCUCGUGGCGCUCCGCCUCGAGGGCCUGUCCAACAUCCACCCCACCCUCUUCAGCCUGUCGCAAAAAGACUACUACCAAAGCAGCUGCAUCCUCCGGUUCUUCAUCAGCACGAUCUUGUGGCUGGCAGUUUCUAUACUCCAGAGGCUCUUGACUACCACAAUACUGCACCGCUACGUGGAAAAUCCACUGAUCCAGUUUGUCGACCUCGCCUCUCUGGCAAACGUCAGCGUCUUCAUCUUUGAGGACCUGCUUUGUGGCUACUAUAUCCACGGCCGCUCCCUAAUGACUUUUGCGGACACGAGUAUGCUCGUCCUGAACGCUGAGCUCAGGAAAGAACAGGAGGGCGUCGUCUCCAACCGGGGCCUCUUGUCGAGCGCCAAGAAAGAGCUAGCGGACAGCCAAGUCUUCGAGAUCUACAUCACCUCUGAGCUGCGCCAAAAGUACGACGCAAAGUUCCUUCGAAGAAUCAGUGAGACCCGCCCCGACACGCUCGCCAGCCCGACCCGGCCCCGACACGCUCGCCAGCCCGGGGGAGCGUACCGGGCGGUCCACGAGCUGCCGGAGGACACCAUGAUACGCGCCCAGGAGGAAAUUGCCAGCCUGUUCCGUAACUUCGUCAACCAGAUGGAAGCGGAAGUGUCGAAGCGGAUCGUCGUCAAGCGGACGUUGCAGAAGCUGCUGGACAUGCCGCCGGACAUGGCGGCGCAACGGAGCCCCAUCUUUUACCACGAUUUCUCGAACCGUUUCGGAAGGGUCACGUUCUACGGGAUUGAAGGUCACCUAAUGAUUUUCAACAUCAUGGUAUUUACGAUGGCUGAUCUCUGCUUCAAAAGCACGACAAUCGCUCUGUUUGUAACGUAUCUUGUAGAGCGUCUUCUAAAGUUUGUAAGGAGUGCAUUAGGUCAAGCUAACACGUCAAGGAAGAGCCUGAUAGACUCUAGAUUCUUGAUCUGAGAAAUUUCUAAGGAGGCAGCUAUAGAAAAAACGAGAUUGAAGAAGGGAGCACCCUGUGCAGCGCGGCGCGCUAGCUGUACGCGAGACGUGGCACGGCCUGGAUAAACGUGGUU